UCACUUGUCUGAGGACCAGCUGAUGUAAACAGUGUGGCAGCCAUUACUGCUCCAGUGUGUCACUAGCUUCUGUUGCUCCUCCUUUUAUACCAGUGUUCUUCUACCACAGUAGACUCUGCGUUCACUAUAACACGUUCUUAAAGAACAAGAACAACCACACUAAACAUGAACGCGCCGCCCACAUUCGAAUCAUUUCUGCUGUUUGACGGAGAAAAGAAAAUUAUCAAGGAGGUUGAUACGAAGGUACCUAAUGCAGCCAUCUACACUAUCAACAAGGAAGAUCACACUCUGGGCAACAUGAUCCGCAUGCAACUUCUCAAAGACCCAAAUGUCAUGUUUGCUGGUUACAAGAACCCUCAUCCCCUCGAACACAAAGUUCUCCUUCGUAUUCAGACCAUAGAUGCCAGUUAUACGCCACAUGAUGCCUUCAUGAAUGCCAUCACAGACCUGAUCUCCGAACUCUCACUGCUAGAGGAACGAUUCAGAGAGGCUAUACGAGAAAAGAAGGAAGGUUUUGACUAAGGCACCUUUGUUUUAUAUUCAGUACUUACUUUUCAUUGUCAUGCCAUUAUUUGUUGUCAUAUUCAUUAGACAUUGUUUAAACCCUUAGAUCAAACAUCAUUUUCAUCAAGUUGGAGUUUCGGGUGUAGAAUAUCUCAUUGUAAAAUUAUCUUUAGUUUGAAGUGUCUAUCUUUGUAUCUUCUUGGACAGAUCAUCUACUGUAAUUUGUUUCCAAAAACAAGUGGAAAAAAAAUCUUAAAUUCCCAGAAAUGUAAAAAACAUGUUUUAACUAAUCUGUACCAAAUGUAUUAAAAUAUAUUUUUUGACAAAUAUGGGCCCACUACACAUGCAAUGUUAGAAUUGGUAUACGUAGUUACGUACAGUUUUUUCUAAUGCGCUAUAAACAUUUUAAAUAUUUCAUGAAACUUACCAGUAAACAAUAAUAGUCGGUUAAUGGCUUACUCUCAGCAGUCUCCAUAAUACUGAUUAUCAUAACUUCUGAAUAUUUUUUCCCUUCUGAGUUUUUGGCCCAAAUUUAGGUCAGUUUAUUAUUGUUACAUUGAUGAGGGAAGGGAAGGUCAGGUCAGUUUAAAAAUUGUUCAAACAAAGAAAAUGAAUUAUCCCUACUUUUGGAUUUGCUGAUUAGAACUACUAAUAGCCAGAUAGAUAUUAGACUUUUCUUUUGGGGUGGAUGAUAUUCUGUAGUUAUUUCACCAUUUACCAUAAUAUGAAUAUUUUCCUGAUUUUGUAUGACUGACUGAUAGAAGAAAACUUUGCAGAAAAGAUAAAGAA